AUGGCUCGAGACAGAGCAGAGCAACGAGUGCUUCAGUACCAGCAAACUUUGAUGUAUGGCCGGUACACCCAGGAGCUGGGGACUUACGCCAAGGAGGAGGCCGCCCGCCUGCGUGAGGAUGGGGGUUUGCGGCGGGCGACCAGCGUGCGUGGCCAAACCGCCGAGCUGCUGGAGUAUGAGAAAGACCCCUGUGUCAAGUGCCAGGUUUGUACCUCCCGUUGCCAGAGGUUCCUGAUCUCUCGUGUGGGUGAGGACUGGAUCUUCCUCAUUCUCCUUGGCCUUGUCAUGGCUCUGGUCAGCUGGGUUAUGGACUAUACCAUCGCCUUUUGCCAGCAAGCACAGAAGUGGAUGUAUGGAGGUCUGGACAGUAAUAUGCUACUGCAAUAUUUGGCCUGGGUUACCUACCCUGUAGUCCUCAUCACCUUCUCUGCUGGAUUCACACAGAUACUGGCGCCACAAGCAGUAGGCUCUGGGAUCCCAGAGAUGAAGACCAUCCUUCGGGGGGUGGUGCUGAAGGAAUACCUCACCUUCAAAACCUUUGUGGCCAAAGUCAUUGGGUUGACCUGUGCCCUGGGGAGUGGUAUGCCUCUGGGGAAGGAAGGGCCGUUUGUUCAUGUCGCCAGUCUGUGUGCUGCACUGCUGAGCAAGUUCAUGGCCUUGUUUGGGGGAAUAUACAUGGAAGAGCCUUUUGAGGGAAACAAGAACGAAUUGCGGAACACAGAGAUGCUGUCUGCAGCCUGUGCUGUAGGGGUGGGCUGCUGCUUUGCUGCCCCCAUUGGAGGUGUACUCUUCAGUAUUGAAGUAACCUCCACGUUCUUCGCUGUAAGGAACUAUUGGAGAGGUUUCUUUGCUGCCACCUUUAGUGCCUUUAUUUUCAGGGUACUGGCAGUUUGGAACAAAGAUGAGGAGACGAUCACUGCUCUGUUUAAAACACGCUUCCGUCUGGACUUCCCCUUUGACCUGCAGGAACUUCCUGCCUUCGCUGUCUUGGGGAUUGCCAGUGGCUUUGGAGGAGCCUUGUUUGUCUACCUGAACAGGCUGAUAGUGGAGUCUAUGAGAAAACAGAAAACCAUCAACAAGUUUUUACUGAAAAAGCGACUGGUAUAUCCCGCACUGGUUACUCUCUUGGUGUCCACGCUGACCUUUCCCCCCGGGUUUGGACAGUUCAUGGCUGGCCAGCUUACCCAGCACGAGUCCCUGGUGGCACUGUUUGACAACCGGACCUGGUACAAACAGGGCGUGGCUGAGGAGUUUGAGCUCAUGAGCCAACCUCAGGCUUGGAAGCACCCACAGGUCAGCGUCUUCGUCACACUCCUCCUCUUCAUCGUCAUGAAGUUUUGGAUGUCAGCAGUGGCAACCACAAUGCCUGUGCCCUGUGGAGCCUUCAUGCCUGUUUUCCUCAUUGGUGCUGCAUUUGGCCGACUGGUCGGUGAGAGUAUGGCAGCUGUCUUCCCUGACGGCAUACACACUGACAGCACCGUGUAUCCCAUAGUCCCCGGCGGAUACGCUGUUGUCGGUGCGGCGGCUCUCUCUGGGGCGGUCACUCACACGGUGUCGACGGCGGUCAUUGUUUUCGAGCUGACCGGUCAGAUCUCGCACAUUCUCCCAGUCAUGAUCGCGGUCAUCCUGGCCAAUGCUGUGGCUCAGAGCCUCCAGCCCUCCCUCUACGAUUCCAUCAUCAGGAUCCAGAAACUUCCAUACCUGCCCGAGCUAGGAUGGGGCCAAGACAAGUAUAAUAUCCGUGUGGAGGACAUCAUGGUUAGAGACGUGAGAUUCAUCACACUGUCCUCCUCAUAUCGUGACCUGCAGGAGGCUCUACUUACAGGACAGCUCAAAACUCUGGCCUUGGUGGAGUCCACAGACUCCAUGAUCCUGCUGGGCUCCAUGGAGCGCUCCCAGCUUCAGUCCCUGCUCACCCAGCAGCUGAGCCGCGCCCGCAGGCUGGAGUACCUCAGGGAGCGCGCCCAGGACAACGGCACCCACAUGCCCACCUUCUCCCCCGACACAGAACCCAAAGCCACACGUGGGGUCCGUUUUCUGAUCUCCACAGAGGAGUCAUCCUUCAGCUCCACUCUCUCCAACUCUCAGAUUCCUCUGAAGUCUGCCCUGAAGACUGUAUCUUCAGUCAGCAACUCAGAGACUCUUAACAGCUCUCCGACACUCUCCUGCGACGGUCCAGUGAAGGAGCUUGUGGAGAGCAACGCUGGGUCUGCGGCUCCUAAGAGGAGCAGGAGGCCCAAGCGUGUGAAGAUAACCUUAGCGGAUAGCCCUGACAUAGAGGAUGACAUGACCACGGCAGAGAUCGCUGAGUGGGAAGAGGGACAGCUAGAUGAGCCUGUCAAUUUCAACAACUGUAAGAUUGAUCCCGCCCCCUUCCAGCUGGUGGAACGCACUUCUUUACAUAAAACCCAUACCAUCUUCUCACUGCUGGGUCUGGACCACGCAUAUGUGACCAGCACUGGACGGCUCGUAGGAGUCGUCUCUUUGAAGGAGCUGCGGAAAGCCAUUGAAGGCUCUGUGACUGUAACAGGGGUGAAAGUGCGCCCACCACUGGCUAGUUUCCGUGACAGCGGCACUAGCACCAGUGUCUCUGAGGUUACAGAGCUCCACAAGCUUUGGAGUCGCCAUAGGAGCCUGUCAUUACCCCGGGAACCUAAACUACCCGACCUCGAGGACCAAAUCGAGCGUCCAUCGGAGGGCAGCCCCAUUAACAUUACAGACUGCACAGAACUUUCCAGUCAGAACAGCCCCUUACACACAGAUGACCAAUCAGAGCUGCUGUAUGACGGUGAAGGCAGCCUGUCUGAAAAAGAGCCCCAGUCAGAGCUUCUUUGUGACUGUGACCCCGCCCACCCUGUAGAGGACUAUUUUGAACCACCAAAUGAACUCUCUCUCACCCAAAAUGAGGAGCUCCAAUGUGAAGCCAGUCCCUCAGACACAGACGAGCCAACUGAAUGA